AUGAGCCAAGCGCAUAGCUCUUUUAACCGCAAGACCUCGUAUGCUGGUGAAAUUGAGUCUAGCAUCGGCGGUGUGGGCCAUAAUGUCGCAUUGGCCGCUCUCUACGCUGGAGCUAAUGUUAGACUGGUAUCAGAAGUGGGUCAUGACCAUGGCGAUUUACUCGAUGCUGUUUCAAACGAAGGAUUGGAGUUAUCGGGAAUAACAACUAAUGAGGGCAAAAGAACUGCUCGAUAUGUUUCUAUGAAUGAUGGAACCGGUGAACUCCUUAUCGCAUGUGCUGAUAUGGAUAUUAUUAAGGACAUGUCUCCUAAACACGUCUAUGAUGAAAUUUGCCGGGCUGAUGCUGAGUGUGUAUUCUUUGAUGGAAACAUCGGCAACGACCAGAAAAUGGCUGUUAUACGUGCAACUAAGCGAAAGACUGGGCUUGAGACUGGGACUUCGACACCUCGGUUCGUCGGGUUCGAACCUACUUCGGUGCCGAAAUCAAGCGAGUUGGCUGCCAUGAGUCUAGGAGUAUAUCCAAACCACGAUAUCGAUCUUGCUACACCCAAUAUUGACGAGCUGCAAACCAUGUUCGAGUCAUUUCACGAAGCAGGAAGGUUUGAUGUUGACCAUUGGUUUCCAGUAAUUGAUGCUCUGGGAGUGAAUGAAACGCUGAGAUUGGGUUUAGAGAAUCUUGCCAGGUCUAAACCUGAGCUUAUAAACCUCAUACGGUCAGGUAUAGCCCAACAAGCUCUGCACUUACUGCCCUAUAUUCCAAACUUGAUGAUCAAAAGUGGUGUUUUAGGUGUUCUCUCGUUUCAACUUCUGGACGCCGACCAAAUUCGAGACCUGGCUCGUUUUGGACCCUCUGUAACCAACAACACAGUUGGGAAGUCCAUUUCAACGCAGAUUGCAUAUAGAGAGGGUCAGCUUCUAGGAGUAUUGGUGCAACACUACCCUGCGUUUGAUAUUUCACCCUCAGAAGUUGUGAGUGUCAGCGGUGCUGGAGACAGUUUCUGUGGAGUACUCGUAGCCAAAUUGGCAAAAGACACCAGCUGGCUCUACACUGCUAACCAGCAGAAAGCAGAUGUCAUUGAUGCUGCUCAACUGGCAGCCAGUCUAGCGAUUCAGACACUGGAAGCUGUCAACCCAGAAAUCAGAUCAAUUACAAUUUGA